AUGGUUCUGCUGAUCUUGCGGCCUUCCUUGCGGGGAUCCACGGCACGCUCUACGCCCGGCAUCACUCCAGCUGGCAGGGGGUCGUCACUCCUCGAAAGGCUGACUUCGAGGAGCUCCAGGAGCUUUCCGCAAUGGCGGCCAUGGCUCGGGUCGAGAUCUGUGUCCGCGAAAUGGGUGAUGCGGAGUUCGCCCAUCGACGCCAAGCCGUCCAAGGCCAAGCUUGUGCGCGGCUUGGUGGUCACCUUUCUGAGCCUGGGGGUUGUUGUUGCUCUGACGACGAACCUGGAUCUUCCUCCCAGUUUCGGACUGAUUGCAUUCGGCCUGCAGUGGGGCUUCUUCCUGCUCCAGGGUUGGCCACAACGUUCCGAGAAGCUGUAUGAUGCCUCAGGCUCAUUGACACAUCUGUCGAUUAUUCUGGCGGCUCUCCUUCAUGAUCCAGUUCGGAGCCCUCGCCAGAUCCUUUUGAGCAUCUUUGCAGUCGUGUGGUGUACACGACUCGGAACCUUUCUCUUCAACCGCAUUUCCCAAGACUCGAAGGAUUCCAGGUUCACGGAGUUGAAGGAGGAGUUCUGGUCUUUCUCCAUCGCGUGGAACUUGCAGGUGUUAUGGGUCUUCCUUCUUGAACUACCAGUCAUGCUGGUAAACACGUCUCCUCAACCACCCACUGGUCUUUGGGAUGUGCUGGGCUGGUCGUUGUGGUGCUCUGGCUUUUUGCUGGAGGCCGUCGCAGAUGGCCAAAAGUUUGCUUUUCGAGGAGAUCCAUCAAACCGGGGACGCUUCAUUACCACAGGUCUAUGGAGAUACUCGCGACAUCCAAAUUACUUUGGGGAAAUCUUGAUGUGGAUUGGUCUGUGCACGUCCUUCACAUCCUGCGUUUCUUGCAAAGCUCAGCUGCUGGCCUGGAUUUCGCCUGCGUUCAAUGCACUUCUCCUCAUUUAUGUCUCGGGCGUGCCACUCCUGGAAAAGGCAGGAGCAAAGAAGUGGGGCCAGGAGCCGGAGUACCGGCACUACAUGGAGGACCCAGCAUUGACAGAUUUGCUGCUGUCAUCUGACAAGAUGGGUCCAGCUCUCGAUCUAGGGCUCAACCUUGUCAUUUUCUUCGCUCUACUGGCGAUGGCCGUCUGCAUCUUCAGCGUUCCCGGCAGCGACGAGAAAGCCUCAAAAGCAUCUUCACAUCGCAAAAGGCUGGCAGAUUUGGGUGACGAGCAGGAGUCUCCGCUCGAGCGGGGGCAGCGCUGUUUCGGCACCGUGCAGCGCUACUCUGAACGAAACGGCAUUGGCUUCAUUGCAUGUGCUCCCUGCAGGGCUGUUUAUGGACGUGAUGUACAGUUAUUUCAAGAAGACUGGGAGGCUUUGCAGCUCACAGUUGGAUCAGCCGUCAGUUUCCUUCUUAGCGUGGAAGAGCGUUUUCCGUGCCCGAAGGGGAGGCCCUGGGCUGCAGAUGUGCAGCGAGUUAGGGCACAGCUUGGCUCGAAGUCCUACGUGCUGGGGUCGGCGCAGCUGGGACAGCUCAGGGACUCCGCGAGCUUGGCUCGGCAGCUCGCGGAAAACCCCGGGCGAGUGGCAGCCCGGGUCCGCCACCAACUCCGUGCGCGACUCCAUGCAGACGGCUACCUGUACCUAAGGAGCUUCUUGCCAGAGGGCACUGUUGGCAAAGCGCGCUUGUCGCUGCUUCGCCAAUUUCAACGUGCUGGCUUGCUGGCAGACGGCUGUCCACCUGGGCAGGCGGUAUGUGGAGCAAACAUCGAAAACGGCAAGCCCGAAUGUUUCUGCUCGGAAGAGGUGUUGGACGUCCUGAAUGAUGGUGACUUGUUUCAGUUCUUGGACUCUUUGUUUGGAGACGCUGUGGAAGUGGUCUUCGAUUCAGCCAACCUGCGUGCUGUGAAGCCGGGGCAAGGCACUGGAUUCCACACUGACUCUGUCUACAUGGGCAAGCUGAUGGUACCUGGCCGACCCCCAGUUCUGGCAUGCUGGAUUGCUCUGAUGCCAAUUUCCCUCGAGUUGGGGGGCCUCGUCCUGUGCCGGGGUUCCAACUCACAUCCAGGAUUUGAGACUUUGCGAAGAACUUACGGAGAGCUGGACUUGGAUGAGAACGACAUUGGGGGCACUGGUUGGUUUUCCGAGGAUCCCGAAGAAGUCUCAAAGUUGGGCGGUCUCUGGGAAACUGCCGCAUAUGGGGCAGGAGACGUUGUGCUUUUCACAAUGCACACCAUACAUGGCAGCUCCACGAACCGUACAGAUUCGUGGCGCCUCUCCGUGGACUUUCGUGUUCAACCGUGUCAUGCACCGCCGACACUGGUUUCCCAAAACAAGGGCAGGUGGUCUCGGCUCCGUCAUAGCCGAUCGGACUUUCCACGUAGUAUGGACGAGGCCAAGACUGCAUGGAACCUGCACGAGGCAGCUCGUGGUUCGAAGCGUCCUGCGGCUGAGCCUCCUGCUACACAGCGAAAACGGCUGUGCGCAUGA